AUGCAGAGCGUUCCUAGUCUGAGUUUUCCCAGCAAGGGCAGCAGAAGCAGGAAACGAGAUUUGAUUGACGUUAAUCAUGGACAGUCUGAGGUCCAGAAGCCACAAAGACAAGAUAUAGCUGUCACUCAAACUCAUAGUGGACUUGAUAAUCAGACUGCUUUUCCCUACGCGAGCCCAGUGCCCACUCCACUGGAUCAUAAUCGGGGGCAAAGUGCAGAGGCACAUAUUAAUCCAUUUAGCAAUCGGAACAAUUUGGGAGAUACAGUUGGCAGUGACAGCAGGAGCAAGCACCUCGUCAGUUUAGCUCAGAUUGAGGUCAACAGCCCCAAGAAAGAAGUAAUGAUCGACCAAACCGAGCCACCAUUUACAUCGACAAAACAUCUCCCACAGUUUGUCCCCUCUGAAACAAACGCGCCGUCUGUGCUGACAAUGCAACCCCAGGGACUGCGGCCGGGGAACAGAGCAGCCGAUUCCCACCGAGACCCAUUAGCAGAGUCAAUUCACUUCGCCAACACAGAACUCAGCACGGCUCAAUAUCCCAAAGAUGAAGACAGCAAGCUUGUCAACAGCAGCAGCAGUCAUGUCCUGAGGCUCCAUCCCGCUCCUCUCGAAAACCGCAAUAGCAAAGAAGCCAAAAUGGUAGAGCCUCAAAUACAGGAAAAUAGUGCGGGCCUGGUGUUUGAAGAGCUAGAGGAAGAGGAGGGGACCUUGGGUGGGAUUUUGGCCGUGCGGUCCCGGAGCAGGAGGAGCUGGAUCUGGAAUCAGUUCUUUGUGAUCGAGGAGUACGCCGGGCCUGAACCUGUUCUCAUCGGACGGCUGCACACGGACAUGGACAGGAAUGAUGGACGCACUAAAUAUGUGCUGAGAGGCGAGGGGGCGGGCUCUGUCUUUGUGAUUGACGAGAAGACGGGGAACAUCCACGUGACCAAACCACUGGACCGCGAGGAGAAGGACGAAUACCGCCUCAUCGCCACAGCAACAGACAGACAGACGGACCGUGCCCUGGAGCCCUCAUCCCAGUUCAUCAUCAGGGUGCAGGACAUCAACGACAACCCGCCUGUGUUUGAUCAGGGUCCCUAUAUCGCCACCGUGCCUGAGAUGGAAAAUAUAGGCACCUCUAUAAUCCAGGUGACAGCGACAGAUGCUGAUGACCCGACUUAUGGGAACAGCGCCAAGCUGGUGUACACUCUGGUGCAGGGCCAGCAAUACUUCUCAGUGGACCCUCAGACAGGUAUUCUGAGGACUGCAGUUCCAGACAUGGACAGGGAGAGGCAGGACACAUACUUGGUGGUGCUGCAGGCCAAGGACAUGGGGGGCCACUUGGGGGGUCUCUCAGGGACCACCACUGUCACUGUGAAGCUCACGGACGUCAACGACAGCCCCCCACGCUUCACACAGAGUACGUGGUCCUUCUCUGUCUCAGAGCUGGCCAUCCCAGGGGCAGAGAUUGGCCGAAUCUCAGCCACAGACGCAGACUUGGGGGAGAAUGCGCGCCUGGUUUACACAAUCCUGGAUGGAGAAUCUGGAGACACCUUCAACAUCACUGCAGUCAACCAGGAGGCCGUCAUUACACUCAAUAAGCCUGUGGAUUAUGAGAGCCGGAGCUCGUACUCUUUCUCGGUGGAGGUCAUGAACCCAAUUGUGGACCCUCGAUUUCUCCGCCUGGGCGCCUUUAAGGACCGGGCCACAGUGCGCGUGGCAGUGCUGGACGCAGACGAGCCCCCCAAGUUCUCCAGGUCCAGAUAUCUCAUGGACGUGUCUGAGAACUGCCCCCCAGCAUGCACUGUGGGCAGAGUGAGCGCCAUCGACCCUGACACGGGACUGACCAACAACAUCAGGUUCUCCAUUGAUCCUCAGUCGGACUCGGAGGCGGUUUUUCGUAUCACGCCGGACACAGGCCUGAUCACCACGGCGGUUGAAUUGGAUCGGGAACGCGAGCACUGGCACAACAUCACUGUCAUCGCCACCCAAAGAGACAAUCCCAGUCAGGUGUCCCGGGUCCUUGUUGCCAUAGAGACCUUAGAUUUGAAUGACAACGCUCCUGAACUUGACCGCCAGUACACCACGGCCAUGUGCGACUCCUCCAAAAUUGGACAGGUGGUGCAGGUGUUGCGGGCGAUCGAUCGAGAUGAGGGAGGAAACGACAGCACUGUGUAUUUUAGCAUCCCCCCGGAGUCCAGAGCGGCGCUCAACUUCAGCGUUCGGGACAGUGGGGGUCCCACAGCUAGUCUGGUGCUAGUGUCCCAGCUGCUGCCUCUGUCUCGCUCUGCAUCCUCCACUCUGACUAUGUAUGUCCCUUUAGUCCUGCGGGACGGGACGUCAGGCCUCACCAGCACUGGGACAGUCACAGUGUCUGUGUGUCCCUGCCUGAAAGGAGGAGCACGAGCCGGGGACAAGGACAAGCAGACCGAGGGCGACUGGGACAGAGAGGCCGUCUGUCUGCCUCAGCAGUCCACACUGCCUUCACCUGGACUCAGCACCGCCGCCCUGUUGGCCAUCCUAGCUUGUGUGGCCACACUACUAGCCGUGAGCGCCCUGUCAUUAUCACUGCGGCGUCAGAAGCGUGACUCGCUGUCUCCGCUGGAGGAGGACGAUGUGAGGGAGAACAUUAUCACCUAUGACGACGAAGGCGGAGGAGAGGCCGAUACUGCGGCCUUUGACAUAGCUGCGCUCCAGAGCGCCCCCCACAGCUCACGUACCAGAGGCUAUCGCACGCUGGACAGUAGGAAUAUCCGUUACGCCCAUCGAGCAGUGGAAAAGGGUCGCACAUACAGCUGGGCUCAGAACCAGGGUUUGGAGCAGACCUACAGCGGCCCAGGGGGUCCUCUCUAUGGCCGCCUCUGUUAUAGCAGUGCCACUCUCCCGGUCCUGCGGCGCACACCCGGAGGGGCGUUUGAGCCGGGCCUGGCCGAGCUAGGCUAUCGCAUCCCUGGAGGCCAGCCAGAUCACUCCCUGGUCAUCCAGAACCAGGCAGCCAUGGUGGGGCCCAUGGAAUCUGGAGCGGUCUACAUGGCUCCCACAGACCUGAGCAUUGGGAGUCGCACUGGCAGCAGAGAUGGGACAGCACCGCAGAGCAGGGUGAGCACGUCGGACGGAGGAACGCCGAGGACAUCUGACAGUCAAGAGAGAGGAGGGGGCACGGGCACGGCCAGUAACUGCACAGAGGCCAGUGAGGACAAACUCAAUGGUCAGGACAUGGACUGGAUCUACCCCCAAGUCCUCUCUGAAUCCACUCACCUCCACUCCCCACAGGCGCAGUCGGAGAGCGUGCCCCGGGAGCAUAACCUGGUGAUGACACGCUCUGGUUCCAUGAUGGGACAGGGUUGCCAUGGCAGCGUGGGGGGCUGGGUGUGCGACUCUGCCACACUCCCAUUGGCUGGACGAAGAGCCUCGCGAGUUGGGAUGUCCCCAAAACGCUCUGGGUCCAUCCAGGGCGACACGGAAGCAGGAGGUGGGACAACAGGCGAGAGAGAAGGACCAGGGCAGAGAGACUAUCCUGGAACACUGGGGAGGGGUGGACUGGAGAUGGGGAGCAGCUUUGUAGUGGGGAGAGGAGACAGAGAAGGCGGGAUUUCUCUUAGCGGGACGCCGACUGGAUUUCCAGAAGGCUUUAUCGGAGACUGGCGUGAACGUGUUGGGAUAGGAGGGUAUGUGGUCGGAAGACGAGAUAUGAGCCCCCAGCUUUUGCCUUUGCCACGAGGGGGGUAUCCUGGAGUACUGGGUGCUGCCUGGGCUCCCCCUGGUGUAGAAGCUGUUCGAGGGAAUCCCGGAGGUCCGUCUUUGGCCUUAAGAGUCGGGGAAUUCCUUCGUCUUCGCCUUGCCCAAGUCACUUUUGACCCCUCUCAGCCACCGUACGAUUCAGUGCAAGUGUACGGCUUGGAGGGCACUGGGUCGCGGGCUGGCUCCCUAAGCUCGCUGGAAAGUGAUGGGGACAAAGACGGAGACAAGGACGACUGGGGGGCCGGUAUGGAGGAGUGGGGUCCGCAGUUUGAGAACCUUGCACAACUUUUUAAAGAAAGAGAGAAGGAGAAGGAGGAGAAAGAAAAAUGUAUGGAAAAUGCAAACGAGGAUUGUGAGAAAAAGGAGGGAGGACACGAAGGGAAGGACUGAUACAUAUGAAACAAAUGGGGGGCAAAGGGGGUAGGGGAGAAAGGAGGGAACAGGGGAUGAUGAAAAGGCAGGCCACGGCAGAAUAAUGCGAGCAGAAGUUAGAGGAGAGAAAGAUGAAGAGGCAAAGUAAUAAAAAGAGACAGAGAAAAAUGAGCCCGAGGAGGCCGGAGAGUGAGAGGGCAGGGGAGGGAGUGAUUGAUGUAAUUUAAAGCAAUAAGUGUUGAAACGCAGAUACGCUUGAGCACAGAUACUGAGACAAUGCACAGGCUUCUUCUGCUCGGGGCAACGACAAUUUGUUAAAUGUUUCGGACAAAGAAAAACAACCCAAACAUCACCACACUGGAUUUUAAUUCAACUCUCACGUAUGGGAAUGAGUAAUGGUGGCAGACAAGAGGGGAGACGUGGCACAUUGUUCCCGAACCUGUAAGGAAUACUAUGGAUGUAUAUGAAAAAACACACAUCUAUUAUACUGUGCUGAGAGGAAGAGACACAACCACUUUGUAAAGAGUGAUCAUAUCUGAGAUGGAACAUUAGUUUUGAGAGGAAAAUGUAAGAGUAAACAUUUAACAAAAGCAGGAGAUGACAGGAUGAACCACAACAGAAUAAAUAUAUAGACGGCAUAUACUGUUGUGAAAGAGAAGUGAGACGAUUGUACAGAAACUGUUACUUUUUAUUCC